UUUCACCUUCAGGGAUUAUAACGGGGCUAUUGUUAAUGCUCACAGGAACUUUGAUAAGAGCUACCUCGUGUGCAUUUAUCGUUAUGCUAUAUGGUUCAGUGUCAAGUUCACGGAAAAAUAUGGGAAUACGCAAUGACUCACUAAUUAAAUGUCGAUUAUAAUUGUUUUAAUCCUAAUAUGCCGUCAAAAAAUGAACUUCUUUUUCUCCUACGCCUGUCUUUAAUCUUGAAACUGAAUGGUAAAUACGUUCUGGAAAGUAUUUUUCGACU